GAUCACACUCAUAGGCUAGAACGCCACUUCCGGAUUGCCUACAACACGCACGCCAGUUCCUGGCAGUCGCGUUUUCCUAGUUUGGGCACGUGACCAUUGGACGGACAAGAUGGCUGCGCGCAAAGCCAAACAUGCGUUUCGGAGCCAGGCCACGCAAAGUGAUGCUGAGCGCCAGGAUUUGGACUCCAAACUCGCAGCCGUACUGGAAAGUAGAGGCAAUGCUAACGCGGUAUUCGAUAUACUGGAGCAUUUGGAGUCCAAAAAGGAAGAUGUUGUGCAAGCUGCUAUUCGAACGACUUCUAAGUUAUUUGAAGUUUUGUUGGAGAAAAGAGAACUUUACAUAGGAGAUUUGCCUGCAGAAGAUGACAGCCCUCCAGACACAUGCAGUGCAGAAGACAAGUAUAAAAUGUGGAUGAGAAAUCGCUAUAAUAGCUGUGUGUCCUGCCUGCUGGAUCUCUUGCAAUACAGCUCUUUUUCUGUCCAGGAACUUGUCCUGUGCACACUGAUGAAGUUCAUUCAGCUGGAAGGAAAAUUCCCACUGGAAAAUUCAGAAUGGAGAGACAGCUACCGGUUUCCUAGAGAACUGUUAAAAUUUGUUGUAGAUAAUUUGCUGCAGGAGGAAGCAGACUGUACCCUAUUGAUCACACGUUUCCAGGAAUACUUGGAAUACGACGAUGUCCGUUAUUAUACAAUGACUGUGACUACUGAAUGUGUUUCAAGAAUACAGCAAAAGAACAAACAGGUCUUACCACCAGUUUUCCAAACCAAUGUAUUUUGCUUGCUUUCCUCUAUUAACAUGCCCGUUGAGGAGAGUACUUUGGGAAAUUUCCUAGUAACCAAGAAUGAAAACCAUGAAGAGUGGAAACCAUCAAAACUAAAGGAACAAAAAAGAGUAUUUGAGAGGGUCUGGAUGAGCUUCCUGAAGCACCAACUCUCUGUCAGUCUGUACAAGAAGGUGCUUUUGAUCCUGCAUGAAAGUAUCUUGCCACAUAUGAGCAAACCCUCCCUAAUGAUUGACUUUCUAACUGCAGCCUAUGAUGUUGGGGGAGCCAUCAGCCUACUAGCCCUUAAUGGACUAUUCAUUUUGAUUCAUCAGCAUAAUCUGGAAUACCCAGAUUUUUACAAGAAGCUUUACUCUCUUUUGGAGCCCUCAGUCUUCCAUGUAAAAUACCGUGCCCGUUUCUUCCACCUGGCCAACCUGUUUUUGUCCUCCACGCAUUUACCAGUUUACCUUGUUGCUGCAUUUGCAAAGCGCCUGGCCCGGCUCGCCCUGACAGCCCCUCCGCAAGUGCUUCUGAUGAUCAUCCCAUUUAUCUGUAACCUGAUCCGCAGGCACCCAGCUUGUCGUGUUCUUAUUCAUCGCCCCAGUGCUGGAGAUCUGGUAACUGAUCCUUACAUCAUGGAAGAGCAAGAUCCUGCCAAGAGCCAAGCAUUAGAAAGCUGUCUGUGGGAGCUGGAGGUUCUACAGCAGCACUAUCAUGGCGAUGUUGUGAGAGCUGCCAAUGUGAUCAGCAGGGCACUGUCUGCACAGGAAAGUGAUGUAUCUGGGCUGUUAGAGAUGUCAUCCUGUGAGCUCUUUGACAAGGAGAUGAAGAAGAAGUUCAAGUCUGUUCCUUUAGAAUAUGAACCAGUUCGUGGCCUUCUUGGAUUAAAAUCCGAUAUUACUGCCGAACAUUUCACAUUUUGAAUUUGAUUAGUAUGUAAUAAAUAUUGACAAAAUAUGUUCUUUUUUUGUCGUCCUGCUUUCAGUAAAAGGGGAAUAAACUAAAUGUAAUAAUUA